AUGAUCUUAGGUUACUGGGACAUCCGUAGGCGGGCUCACGCCAUCCGCCUGCUCCUGGCCUACACAGACUCAUACUAUGAGGGAAAGAAGUACACGAUGGGGGAUGCUCCGGACUAUGACAGAAGCCAGUGGCUGGAUGAAAAAUUCAAGCUGGGCCUGGACUUUCCCAAUCUGCCCUACUUAAUUGAUGGGGCUCACAAGAUCAUCCUUUGCUACAUUGCCCGCAAACACAACCUGUGUGGGGAGACAGAAGAGGAGAUGAUUCAUGUGGAUCUUUUGGAGAACCAAGCUAUGGACGCCUCUAAUCAGCUCACCAGGGUCUGCUACAGCCCUGACUUUGAGAGACUGAAGCCUGCGUAUCUGGAGUCCAUCCCAGGCGAGAUGAAGCUGUACUCACAGUUUCUGGGGAAGAGGCCUUGGUUUGCAGGGGAGAAGAUCACCUGUUUGGAUUUCCUGGCUUAUGACAUCCUUGACCUGCACUGCAUAUUUGAGCCCAAGUCUCUGGACGCAUUCCCCAACCUGAAAGAGUUUGUGGCCCGCUUUGAGGGCCUGAAGAAGAUCUCUGCCUACACGAAGUCCAGCCGCUUCCUCCCAGGCCCUCUGUUUUUAAAGAUCGCCUUUUGGGGCAACAAGUAGGCCUACGCGGGAGGCGAUGGGAGGGAAGAGCCAGAGCUGUGGCUGCCCUGUCUCCCUGAACAGCUUUCUUGCUUCCUUGCCCUUUGUUACAUUCCUCUGUCCCCAUGAAAUACCUUAUUGGCGCCCCCCUUUUCCCUCUCCCUGUUCCGUUUUCAUCCAGGCCCUUUGACACCGGCUCUCCACUUUGGCACAUUCCCUUCCCCACCAGUGUUAGCCCCUGUGCUAGAGCCAGCCAGACCUUUCUUCCCUCAGUGGUUGCUCUACUUUCAGGAGCCUGACUGGCUCCUGGUCUGUAGUGCUCAGCCCCAAGCUCCCCAGCACUGCCCUGAAGCCCAAUAUGGCCUGAUGUAUACUCCUGGUUCCCCCAGGGUGUCCCUGCCCAGCCCAGCCUGAUCCCCAGUAAAGCCUUACUCACCCCUGACACAUCUUGUCUUCUUCACUCCUGGCCGUUUGAUUCAGGCCCCACUGUGUUUUGUGAUAUGCGAGUCCCAUUUGCUGUUGUGCAUUGGGCCGGCUUGGUUAAUGGGGAUGUGUGUGUGGUGCCCAGAAAGGGGGCAUGUAGGGUCCUAAGGAUUCUUGUUCAUUUGUAUCUCUACUUCAUAUACUUCUGUGCCUCUGCGUGGGGUCUCUACAAAAAGAGAGAGGCUCUUCUGUGUCUGGGUUCCUAUUUCAUUCAGCAUUCAUGGAAUGCCUCUUGGGAGCUUGUAGUAAGUACUCUGUGUUGUGGUUCAGGGGCUCUUGGGGGUUGGGCAGUCCACUGAUAGUCUGGGAUCCUGGCUGACUACAUUCUGUCACCCUUUCCUGGGUGUUUUCCCUGCUUUAGAUACCCUUCCUCUGUGUUUUUAACAACUGUGAAAGGUGAAGUGAAAUGUAAUCACUUAUGUUAAGGGGUUUGGGGGCACCUGGGUGGCUCAGUAGGUUAAGUGUCCGACUUUGACUCAGGUCAUGAUCUCGCGGUUCCUGAGUUUGAGCCCUGCAUCGGGCCCUGUGCUGACAGCUCAGAGCCUGGAGUCUGCUUCAGAUUCUGUGUCUCCCCCUCUCUCUGCCCCUCCCAUGCUCAUGCUCCUGCUCUCUCUCUCUCUCUCUCUCUCAAUAAUAAAUACACAUUAAAAAAAAAUUUUUUUAAAGAGGGGGUGUUUAAAAUGCAGUGAGGAGGCUAUUAAGGAGAUAGACCUUAUGCACAUCCUCAUUAAUGAAACCAUAAACUUUGAACUGGGCCAAAUUGCAAAGAUUCCAGACUCUGCCCAAAUGCCUGCAACUUUCUUCAGUUAGAGAUUUUGCUCAGUAAUAGACUUAGCAACCAACUAUAUUCAGCCAACGUUAGUUUUCUGCCACCAACACCAAUCACAAUUCUUUGUAAACACAUAUAAAUGUCUUUUAAAACCUUUGCCUUUUGUUCUGUAAGGGAACUUGGGUUGCUGCCCAAGUCUGUGCUCCCUGAAUUACAGUUCUGAGACCCUGAGUACAUGCUUUUGUUUUAUUUCAUCUUUGCCUCUUGGUCCACACGACAUCUCUCAAUAGAACAAGAAAGGAUAAGAGUAAAAAGGAAAGAAGUAACAGAAAUUAGGAGUGACACUAAGUUAAAAGAUCAGUAGAGAGAAUAAAAAUACUAAAUCUGAGUAAAAUAGAUGUAGCUCUAGAACAGGAGUUGGCAAAUGUUUUCUGUAAAGGGCUAGAUGGUACAUAUUUUGGGCUUUGGGUGCCAUAUGGUCUCUGUCACAGUUACCUUGUCAUCGUAGCAUGUUAGUUUGCAAGGUCCUCGGGAUCUUCCCAGAUAUAAUCUGAGACUGGCCCCUGUACUAGGAGGGCAGGGAGAGACAGUAGAAACAGGCAGGUCACUCCAGGUUGGUAGGUGGCAGGUUUCAUGAGCACGGGAUCUUACAUAUGAGGCUUGUCUUGGGUGGCCGCAAGGCGAGUAGAUCUCCACACCCACCUGCCAAAUCUUAAAAAUUUAUAUAGAGACCUUGACUGGGUUCAGUCCUGUGUACCGUCCAGAUGGUCUCAACAUCAAAUCACUAUCUCAAGGCUAUGUCAUUGACAAUGGUAAAUAACCUUACCUUAACAACAGCUAGCCCCUCAAGGCUCUGGAAACCUUGCUUCCAAAUUCCUAGAGACUUAUGCUAUCCCUGACCCUCUUCCAACCUGAAGGUAUAUAAUCUGUCAUCCGUCACAACCCCAAUGCAGCUUUUUCUGCCCACGGGUCCUGUCCCCGUGCUUCAAUAAAACCCCCUUUUUGUACCAAAGACGUCUCAAGAAUUCUUUCUUGGCUGUCGGCUCUGAACCCCCACAUUUCCACAUCAUUUGGUGACCAUGAAGGGACUCAGUCUUCCCAUCUAGACUCUGAGCCUCCGUGCGAACUUGGUGAGUACUUCCUCUCUUCUCCCUUUACUUUCAUUCCAGGGGCUUUUCAAGGAGGAUGGUCUUAUUGGAACACUUUCAUGUGCAUUGCACGGGCUGUAAUCCUCUAGCCUGUGGCUAUGCUAUGGGGAAGAGAAAGCCUGCCUUUUGGCUGGAGGUUAGUACCAUGACCAGAAAGAAACCUGGUCAUGCCCUCUCUUUAUUCCUGUCCUUAUACAAAGUUGUCUGUCUUGGGCACAAGACAGCCACCCAGGUGGCUAACACUGCUGCCGAUCUCAAGAUUCCCAUAUGAGGUUUCCUCCUCAUCGGUAUAAUGUGAUCCCCUCCACAUCUCUGGUCUGACCACUUCUGGCAGCGGGACUUCCACUUGGAGCUGGUGGAAACUAGUGCCCAACUGAAUUAAAGCCCAACCAGGGACCGUUUCCUAGAGAAGUUGGCUGUAGAGACUACAUGGGUUGGAAUGUUGCUUAGACCGUGAUGGAUUUCUGUCUGUACUGUUUUCUGUCAGUGUUCCCUACUAACUACUUAAACUACAGAAUUGGGUAAUUGUCCCUUGUAAAACAUUUUUAGUCUUUUCCAUGGCUUAAAAAAUAGCAUAACCUUCAAGGCAAGGCAAUAGCACGGUUUCACUGCAAGACUUGGACACAAUGUGGCAUGGUAUUUCAGUCCAUUCACCAGGCACCCAUCUGUAGCCUAGUAUGCAAUGAGGAAGCGAGGGGACACUAGCAUCCCUCCUAUGGGGCCUUUACAGCAGGAUGGUGAGCAACAGCGAUUUUCGUUCGACGCUUUUGACACAGGGAACCUCUGACAUACCCUGCGUGGGAUGCCAGCUGGGAGUUGGGGGGAUUUUGGUAAUGGACCUUCUUUCUUCUUCAGUCCCCAAGGACUCUCCCUUGGGAUGCCUUUUAACCCACUGAAAUCAAUUCAGAUUGCAAAAUUUAGAAAAGGACCAAUCUGCUAUAACACUGCAUGACUUCAGUAGGAUCUAUCAGUUAGAUCUCUUCUGUAGGAAGCAGGGCAAAUGGAUGGAGAUACCCUAGGUCCAGGCCUUGGGGGCUCUAAAUCAGGACCUGGAUCUAAGGGCCUCUUGCAGAAAAUGUUUGGUCACUAACCAGGCCAGUCAACUCCCUCCUGAUAUAUUGGAUGAUAAUUACCUAAAUAGGCCUCCUCCUGAUGGAACCCAGGUGGCUGGAGGGAAAACAGGCCAUCUCUAACGAAGGGGACACUUUGUUUUGGGGGAAGUUUCCUGUCUUCUCUGGCCUGACAUGGACUACGUAUUGCCACUUUAGUGGAAAAAAAACAAAAAUAAAAACAUGUCAUCUGCCCAUCUGUCUGAGGUGAUGAGGUUUAGAACCAGGAACCUUCUUUCUCUGCCUUCUGGCAGACCCUUGCCUCUUCUGCCUGCCCCCCUCCUCCUCCUGUUUCCAUACCACCUUGGGUAUGGCCUAUAUAACUGGUUCCCGUACUAUCCUAGGUGCCUCUGGCACCAUUGGCUUCUCCUCCUACCAUUCCUGUCAAGGAGUGAAAAGCACCCCCCUUGGACUGCCCACUUCAGAUUGCCUCACUGGAGCCCCGGGUAAAAAUUACCAAUGGGGAACAAACUGAUUGACUUUUGAGUGGACCCAGGUGGAACAUAAUUUGGUUUUUAACCUGCUUUAAGUUUGUGGAUGUAAUUAAGAUAAACAUGCCUUUAGAGUUUUCAGCCUUAAAUAUGAAAUUUUUAUUCUACCAAGGUUAACUAAAGGUCAAAUAAGCUGGUGUUAUUUCUCUUGCAAUCUGUUAGCAAAAAGACAACUUAAAAUGAUGGUUAAUUUUGUCUCAAAGUUUUCAUGGGUAAUUGUGAAGAUAGCUUUCAAAGUCUUUGGUAACCUGAAACUUUAAAGUUUUGUUUGGAUGACAAAUUGGAUUGAAUUCGUUGGACUUCUAGGUCUUUUCCAAAUAGGAUAAAGUGCCAAAGCAUUGAUUACAAACAUAAGGUUUAUCUGCAUUUGACUUCUUAUUGCAGAGAAAUUAAGGAUAUUUGGGUCUGUUGGUGAACAUCUUUUGUGCUUGGUUGAUUCAUGAAUUUGCCAUCUAAGGAAUUCUGGUAUAACAGUUCACAGCCAGUUACUACUUAGUUUUCACUGGAGACUAAGGUUUCUAAGAAUGCAAAAUUCUGCUAAAUGUAAUUAAGACUGAUGGAAAUAAGGGAAGCAACUCUUACAAAGGACAUAAGGAAUGGAAAUACAUUUUUUUGUUGAAGGUAAAGGAAAGUAAUUUAGUCCUAAAAUGAGACUGGUUGUUUGGAGGGAAAUGUCUUGGGACAAAAAUGAAUGAAAAGGAAAGUUGUAGAAGGUUUGUGAAGGCAAAUCUUUGGAAAGGAAUUUUAUGUGUGGCCAAGACAGACUAAGGUUGAAAUGAAUGGAUUUUAAAAGUACACUGGUACGGGGCGCCUGGGUGGCUCAGUCGGUUGAGCAUCCGACUUCGGCUCAGGUCACGAUCUCGCGGUCCAUGAGUUCGAGCCCCGCAUCGGGCUCUGGGCUGAUGGCUCAGAGCCUGGAACCUGCUUCCGAUUCUGUGUCUCCCUCUCUCUCUGCCCCUCCCCCAUUCAUGCUCUGUCUCUCUCUGUCUCAAAAAUAAAUAAAUGUUAAAAAAAAAUAAUAAUAAAAGUACACUGGUAUAAGAUUGAAAUUCUCCUUUUCUCUCUGUUCAAAAGACAAAGUUUCUUGAACUCUUGGUUUGUACUUGGCAAGAAAAUGUAAACAAAGUUGUUUUUUCUUUGUCUGCCUGGAAAAACCAGUUUCUAGUCUUUGUCUUUAUCAGGUCUUUGAUUAUCUAUAAUCCUAUUUAGGCGUGCGCUUUAAAUCUUUCUAAGGUUUUAACAAACUUCCCUGAGAUUUAAAAUUAAACUGACGUCUCUUUGACUAAUUCGGCUUGUUUAUUUGGUAUCUUAUGUUCUGGUAUAAGGUUGUCACUCGAUAUUCUGAUUAUUGAAGUGUUCUGUGUCACAGAAGUAACUGAAUUUCCUGGUCAACUGCAUCAUAAUGAACUCUCAUCACAUUGUUAACAAUGUUCAUUUUGGGUUUUUGUAUUUAUAAUUGUUCUUAUUCUCUUACAAAAUGCGUUUCAUCUUCAAGGAGAUUGCUAAAAAGGGCUUUUGACAAAUACAGGUAUUUGAUAUCUUUAAUAUCAUAAAACUGAAAUGGGAAAGAAUUUCCAGAACUAACUAAAAGCUGCAUUUAAACUGAACAAGAAUUAGUAACAUGAGACUAAAUGAAUUCAGAAGAAAUGAGUCUAGCUUUUGUGAUUCUUGUUUGAAAUAUCGCUGGUUCUCUAACGUUCUUCCAGAUUGAGGAAACUUUCUCUUAAGAGAUCUAUGACCUACCGAAAUGUGAUAAAGUAGUCAUUUGUGAAUAAACUGAAACAUUUAACUUUUCUCUCUACCUGAACCCGUUGAAAUGCAAAAAGUCUCAGUGAGUAUUCUUUCUUCCAUGGCAAUCAUAAUCACUUAUAUAAGUUCAAUGAGAAUCUAUUCUUCUUGUAACAGGGCACCAUUGCAAACAUUGGUUAUUUUACCAAGGCUUUGACUGGAAUGCCAUACAUAGACUCAUGAUGAAAGGGCUUUAAGGAACUAAGGUUGACUUUAUUUUAUUUUAUUUUUAUUUUUAUUUUUAUUUUUGAGAGAGAGAGAGAGCAUGAACAGGGGAGGGGCAGAAAGGAAUGGGGAUGGAGGAUCCGAAGCAGGCUCCGCGCUGAUAGCACAGGGCCUGAUGCGGGGCUUGAACUCACAAACCACGAGAUCAUGACCUGGUCUGAAGCUGGACACUUAACCAAACCACCCAUUUGCCCCCAAAUAAUACAUUUUAAAAUCUGGGGUAGAAGCAGUUGAAUGUAGGUACUUCAGACUGAGGCAACCAAAAAAGAUGAUUCUAUUGUGGCUAGGAUCUAGCAGAGGUCCCAAGACUUGGGAUUCUUUGGCACCUGUGAUGGUGCUCAUACACCAUUCAGUGUGUAUCCUCCCCUUCUAGAAUGGGAAAAUAAGACACUCUGAGCACAUGGCUGCCUACAUGGGUGUCUUGGCAUCAUAAGUAUCUAUAAUCAGUUGCUGUUAAUUACAGUCAUCUGGUUAGUAUUCCUUGGUUAUCAUUGUAUUAGCAGAGGAAGAUAUAGCUGAUAGAGACCCCAAGACAGCAGCUUAUAGAGCGUGGAAGUUUAUUCUCAUUUCAUGUUUCAUGGGGCAAUGGGCCAGGCUGUUGAGGCAGCCCUGCUCCAUGAAGUUAUUCAGGGACCUAGCCAUUUUGUGGCUCGGCCAUCCCCGAGGGUGCAUCCACUCCUCAGCUGAAGCUGUAUCAUGAAUAUGGGAAGGGAAAUAGAGAAAACCCAAGGAAGCAACUUCCCAUUGUGCAAGUGAGGGAGAAAUUGCAUGCAUUACAAUCAUUUACAUUCCGUUCACGAGAUUCAGUUGUGUGGCUAUACCUAGUCAUGAGGGUAGAUCCAUAUUUUGACAGAACAAUGGAUUUGGGCCAACUAUAGUCACUCCCACACCCAGAAAAGUGAGGAUAAAAGUUAAAUUCAAGUCCAAGAAAAACCUUGGGUUUAAGCCAGUGGUUUAAAGCAGGUAUGAUAGAGACUAAGGUAUGAAACACAAGAUCUUUAUUUUUGAUAUCAAGAAUUUAAAUUUUUUAAUGUUUAUUUAUUUUUGAGAAACAGAGAGAGAGAGAGAGAAAGAGAGAGAGAGAGUAUGAGCAGGGGAAGGGCAGAGAGAGAGAGGGAGACACAGAAUCAGAAGCAGGCUCCAGGCUCUUAGCUGUCAGGACAGAGCCCGACAUGGGGCUUGAACUCACGACCUGGGAGAUCGUGACCUGAGCCGAAAUUGGACGCUCAACCAACUGAGCCAACCAGGUGCCCCAUUUUUGACAAACCUAAGGAGAAUGCCAUAUCCCUUGGGUUCCUUGUUGCUGGAACAGGAAAAUGAUUUAUUAGAGGUAUCAGAUUGCUCACUGGAUCCCUGAGAGGGCCAGUGAGUUGGCCUUGGAAGCUGGGUAGCCAGGAAGUGUGCCUAACCACAUGUAAGAUCGUUCUAGAGAAAGCCCCACAGCCAUUGCUGGGCUCAGACACUGGAGCUCCCACCCCUGACAUGUGGGAGCAGACGCCAGGGUCUCCCCACUGCUGCCUCCGAAACCCUGAUCCCUCCACUCCUACCCAUACUGGAAAAUCAGUUCUCAGGGCCUGCUUCUUCAGAACUGAAGUCCUGUACCACUGUGCAUAUUUAACAGAGCCUGGGUCACAGGCCUGUGCCUCAGCCACAAGCAGGGCUGGAAAAGCAAUUGGACUAAUGAGGAUUAAGUUCUGCUGUAUAUAACUAAAUAAUAACAGUGGCUUAAAUAGGGCAGGUUUUUAUUUUCAAUGGAAAAAAAGAUCUGGAGAUAGACAGUCAAACACCAGUUGUGUUGGCUUCACAGGAGCCUAAAUGACCUAGCUGAAC